AUCUUCAGUGGACCCAAUGAGGUAACGCCGCGUUCUGGGCCUGACUGCAACUAGUAAGUCGGUGAUAAGGGGAACCAAACUUGGACAACAGAGAGGCUGCAAAUCUAGGCAGUACCUUGUGAGCUGGUGUUAGAAACCCACACUGAAAACCCAGUGUGUGAAAACUCCUGUACAGCUUCAUCUGAUCACCUGAAGAAGCUCAUCAUGGGAGUGUGGGUUCAGAUGUUGGUUGCUCUCACCUUCCUCAUUCUAGCCCUGUUCCCCCCUUUCACAGUGACUGUAGCUGUCAUGUCAAUUGACCUUGGGAGUGAGUGGAUGAAAAUGGCAAUAGUAAAACCUGGAGUGCCCAUGGAGAUUGUACUCAACAGGGAGUCUAGAAGAAAAACACCCACAGCAGUGUGUCUUAAGGAAAACGAGAGACUCUUUGGAGACAGUGCAUUAGGAGUGUCAGUGAAAAAUCCCAAAACGGUUUAUAGACAUCUCCAAAGCCUUCUGGGUAAAAGGCAUGACAACCUCCAGGUGAAGAUCUAUCAGAAACGUUUUCCUGAGCAUCAGCUGCAGGAUGACCCAGUAAGAGGAACAGUUUACUUCAACAGCUCACUAGAGACACAAUAUUCACCUGAGGAGCUGCUGGGGAUGCUGCUGAAUUAUUCACGUGAACUGGCUCAGGAAUUUGCAGAACAGCCCAUCAAAGAUGCAGUCAUCACCAUCCCAGCCUUUUUCAACCAGGCAGAGCGUAGGGCAGUCCUGCAUGCUGCACAGAUGGCCGAUCUAAAGGUUCUUCAGCUCAUCGAUGACAAUGCAGCUGUGGCUUUGAAUUAUGGUGUUUUCAGAAGGAAAGAUAUCGACGGCACAGCCAAGAAUGUCAUGUUUUAUGAUAUGGGCUCAGGCAGCACGACAACCACCGUUGUCUCAUAUCAGACGGUGAAAACCAAAGAGUUUGGUACCCAGCCACAGUUACAGAUCCGAGGAGUAGGGUUUGAUCGAACUCUGGGGGGCUUUGCAAUGGACCUGCGACUGCGAGACCACCUGGCUAUGCUGUUCAACAACCAAAAGAAGAGUCCGAAGGAUGUGAGGGACAACCACCGAGCCAUGGCCAAGCUUCUUAAAGAGGCUCAGAGAUUGAAGACUGUGCUGAGUGCAAAUGUUGACUUCAUGGCCCAGGUAGAAGGUUUGGUGGAUGAUAUAGACUUCAAAGCAAAGGUGAACAGAGCAGAGUUUGAAGAACUAUGUGCUGAUCUGUUUGAAAGAGUGCCCGGCCCAGUGCAGGAUGCCCUCACCACAGCAGAUAUGAAACUGGAAGAUAUCGAGCAGGUGAUUUUGGUUGGGGGUGCCACACGUGUCCCCAAGGUUCAGGAAGUGCUGCUCAAAGCUGUGGGGAAAGAGGAGCUGGGGAAAAACAUUAAUGCAGAUGAGGCAGCAGCGUUGGGUGCUGUAUACCAGGCAGCUGCUCUCAGCAAAGCCUUCAAGGUGAAACCUUUCCUGGUUCGAAAUGCAGCCAUCUUCCCUAUUCAGGUGGAGUUUAACCGGGAGGUGGAAGAAGACGGGAUCAAAACCCUGAAACACAACAAGCGGAUCCUGUUCCAGAGGAUGGCGCCUUACCCUCAGCGGAAAGUCAUUACCUUCAAUCGCUACACUGAUGACUUUGCCUUUAAUAUCAACUAUGGAGACCUCAGCUUCCUAAGUCAGGAGGACCUCAGUGUGUUUGGCUCGCUGAACCUGACUACAGUCAAGCUGUCUGGAGUGGGCGACAGCUUCCAGAAGCAUGCAGAUGCAGAGUCAAAGGGAAUCAAAGCUCAUUUUAAUAUGGAUGAAAGUGGAGUAUUCCUGCUGGAUCGGGUGGAGUCUGUCUUUGAGACAAUUGUGGAAGAGAAGGAAGAGGAAUCUACUUUAACUAAACUGGGCAACACGAUUUCCACCUUGUUUGGAGGAGGGUCCUCUGAGCCUACUACAAAUGUAACUGAACCUGUCCAGGAGGAAGAAGAGGUUCUUCCUGAAUCUGCAAAGGAGAACAAGGAGGGCCAGAAAGCCAAAGAUAAAGAGACUAAAGAUGAUUUUGGGAGAAAUACAAAUGAAGAGAAAAGCCAGGAGAAGUCAGAGGACACAACCAGCAAAACUGAGACCCCGGAGGAAAAAGGUGGAGAGAAAUCAGAAAACGCAGAGAGUGAGAAGAAGGAAAAACCUCAAGUGAAAAGAACCAAGAUAUCUGAAGAUGUCACGAUGGAACUUCUCAUCAAUGAUGUUGUGGAUCCCACUGCUGAUGACAUUCUUUCCUCCAAAAAGAAGUUACAGGAUUUGACUGACAGAGAUCUAGCAAAGCAAGAAAGGGAGAAGGUUCUUAACAGUCUGGAAGCCUUUAUCUUUGAGACACAGGAAAAGCUUUACCAGGAGGAUCACCAGCAUGUUGUGACAGAGGAGGAACAGGAGCAGAUCUUAACCAAGCUGAGGGAUGCUUCCGAUUGGAUGGAUGAAGAGGGCUACACCGCCACCACCAAGGAGCUCAGAGAGAAGCUGUCUCAUCUUAAAAGCCUGUGUAAGGACAUGUUUUUCCGAGUUGAGGAGCGGAGGAAGUGGCCAGAACUCCUAACUACCCUCGACAACAUGCUCAACACAUCGGCGUUCUUCCUCAGGAGUGCCAAACUGAUUCCAGAAGAUGACCACAUAUUUACAGAAGUUGAGCUAAAUAUGUUGGAAAAAGUCAUCAAUGAAACUACAAUUUGGAAAAACGAGACUGUGGCAGAGCAGGAGAAACGAUCUCCACGGGAGAGGCCAAUUCUGCUGUCCAGAGACAUCGAGUCCAAGCUGGUCCUGCUAGAACGGGAAAUGAAUUAUCUGCUCAACAAAGCCAAGUUUGCCAAGCCCAAGCCAAAACCUAAAGCCAAAAAUGAGACGAGCCCUAAUGCAGGCAACAAAGCCAAUGCUACAGCAGAAGAAAAGGUUAUACCUUCCACAGAUGAAAGUGAGAACCCGAAGACUGCAGAAAGCUUAGAAGAACAGAAGCUAGGUGAAUCUCCGCCCACUGAGGAGAACACUCAACAAACAUCUUCUGACACCCAAUCACAGCCCACAGAAGAAACAAUAAACAAAGAGUCUACAGAGGCCGCUGCACAUGGAAACCACGUAGAAGAUGAAUUAUAACAACUGGAUCUGUGUUGGGAAAAAAUAUCACUAUUUAUUGACACAUUCUCAGCUUUUUAAUUGCCCCCUCUAUUGUUAUCCCCUUCCCCACCCCCCCACCCCGUUUUGAAAAUCAUUUUGAAAAGUCUGAAUGCUUUAACUUUGGAUGGCCAAUCUGCUUAGAAUGGGCCCGAACUCCACUGGUAUCGGCCCAGCCAGUGUGGUGCCACUGGAGAGGAUUGCUUUUGUAUGAUUCUUCGGGGAGAAUUUAAAUUGUUUUAUUUUUUUAUUUUUUAAUCUGGCACAAAGUUGUUAGGCUGUUUGCUAAACGCUGUGAGCAAAGCAUAAGGGAAUUUAAUUUCAGCAUAUCAGCAGUAAUUACCUUUUUUGUAACUAUAAAUCUGACAUUUACAGAGACCUACUUGAUUAAGCAAGACAGGUUUUAAUGGAUCUGCAAACUGGAAUACUGGAAGCAGUGUCUCCAAAGGUCCCACAGCAUUUUUACCUAAUCAUCCAAAUAUCGGAGAGUGGUGUCUGAUCCACUCCACAUUAACAGAGCUUAGUCAGUGGUGAAUAUACCAGCUCUCAGUAGUUGUUCUUACUAGCUUGCAUAUGGUCGAGCUGUAUUAAAAGAAAAGAGAAGCUUGGCCAGCUGUGGUCCGUCAUUUAGCUAUAAAGCUAAAGUAUUGCAGAUGAUAUGGUCAGUUUCUCCAGUGAUUAGGCCUACUCCUCAGUCAGUCUUUUGUCUGAUGUCUGCAUAUUCUCUGAGAAGUACUUGAUGGUGUGAAUGGUAAAUAAGUCAAUGGAGUGGUGUCACUGUUUUUUUUUUUUUUUACUUUUAUACACCCUAUGUGUUUUUUUUUUGUUUUUUUUUUCCCUCUCCAAACUGGUUCCAGUGCUAAAUCAGAGCUGUUGCUGUUUGGGCACCAGUUGUUCAUGUCUUCUACACUGAAAGAAUCUACCCUUGGUCUGUCAAACUGGUUCUUACUCAGCCUGGUCAGAGAAAAAAAAGGCUUUCUUCUUAGUUCAAUGUUUAAACUUCCAGGGUUGGUUUCAGUUUUAGUCUGAAAAAUUUAAUACUGAAUUCCGAAAUUGAUUAAAACAUUGAGUGAGCACUAAGGUAACAUAAGGUCACUCUUUUUGUUUGACUUCGCUUGUCAUAGUGAAGGAAGACCGAUGUACCGCAUUGAGUUUCUAAAUUCCCAUUUUUCACUUUGAGGCUUAAGUGUGUAUUCACAUACACAGUUAUUUAAAACAGUAACUGGUGUUUGAAUAUUUGUUUUGGGGAUAUCAAUGGAAAUAAUGUGAGCUGAUAAGAUAAACUGUCUCCCUACAGAAAAUCCAAGCAGGAGGAUCUAACAUUGAUUGAAACGAAUGUCAGAAAUGAUGUUAAGGCAAACCAACCAGUUCUUUGAUGUGGUUUUAUAGAACCAGUUAAGAACCUGGUUAGUACAAGCACUUCUUUACAACUGGAACUGCUUUAACAAAAGACCCUUACCUAUGAUGCACCAGAACAGUCUCACAUGCUUUCAUUGGAGCUUUGGGUUGGAUUUGUGAUUCUUUGGAGCCAAUGGAAAAACUGAAGUCAGAAAAAGAUUAAAUGUUUGCUUCUAAACCAUAAA